GAGCAUGAUGCUGGAUCAUGGAGGUGCGUUCAACGAUCGCUAAGUUCUCUCACGGGAGGGGGAUUUCAACGAUUUCUUCUAAAGGCUGAGUCUCUCAGACCUCAUUCAUUGAGGGAGAUAAUACAAACGACGCUUUUGCUGGUAACAAGAUACAAUGAUCAGGGUCAGGAUACUUCUACAAGUAUGUCUCCUCGUUGUACAUGCCUCGUCGUUGGCGAGAGCUGAUAUGAUGGAACAGUGGUUAGAGUCAGAGAAAAAUCACCGCAACCUGUUUCUUCGAAGCAGCGGCCAACUUGGGGAAAUUUGUGGUCGGAAUACACUUUGUGCGGAAGGCUUGCAAUGCGUCCGAUCCUUUGCGAGAAGUACGUGCCUACCCCUGGACUGCGCAGAAGAUGUUAUUUUGACAGAACUGGUGGACAAGCUCGACAUCGAAAACUACGGAACUAAGAUUCUGGCUGCAGCUAAUAUCGAGAUGGGAGACGAUAUGUUCAACGAAACAACCAUGGCACUGGGCGAAGGUGCUCUGAACGAGUUUGGUCUCCGACAUAUUUUGAAGGAUAAUUUCCAGACAUCUAUUGUAAAUGCCAUGCUGGCCAAUCCCCUGAAUAUGACGGACUAUUUGGCUCGGCUGGAAAGCUGCACGGCUGGAAAACAAGGAGGAGGAGGAGGUACCGCCGGCAGUGGUGGUUUUGUUUUGACCAUUGCAGCUGCGUUCAAGUUUCAGUACUCAUAUUAUUAUAUCCAAGGGACAGCCGAUGACGCGGGUAGCAUCUACUCCAACCUUUGUUUUGGAUUGGGCCCACAGGCCGGUUUGACUGUUGGAGGAAUGGGGGCAGUGGGGUUCGCCAGCAAGAAGAAAGAUUUCUUGUCCUGCAGCUGCCAGUUCGAUGCCGGUUUCACUGCCAUUGCUGGUUUGGACGUUGCGAAUGUAUACACCAUCCCUGAUCAAGUCCAAACACUGGAAUUCCACCUCAAUUCUGGGGCGUACGCUGGAGGCAAUUUGGGUUUUUGUUACGUGGACCAUGUUGCAAAUUAUGGAGAUCCCUUCUUCACCUAAGAAUCCAGCACCGGCAGGUCUUCGUUCUGGCUGAAGAGAUUGCUGGAGUUUUGAUUGCUACCAUUCCAAAUGAUGGUUCUUUCGCGGAAGACUUGCUACGGUCGUUACGCUUUCUUCUACAAGGAAACUAAAUACUUCCAAUCUACCCACUUUGUAGACGGAUAAAAAGUCUCCUUUUUCUGUAUAUAUAGACUGAUUUUGGGGACAGCAAAGAGCCAUACGGUAGACCCCUCUUAUUCACGCAU